GCACUGCCCUGGAGAGGAGACAGGAGAGGACCCAGCCUGCGGCCAGCUGUGGAGCAAAGCCGGCACUCCGUUCUUCCCCGUUCCCUACUUCUGGUGGGACUUGGGGGAUUUCGAAGACAGGUUUCCCACCCUCUGGCCGGUUUCCUUGCUGGGCAGAGCAUAAAACUCAGAAGCUGCGACCCUUGCCUGCCCUCUUUAGAUCUAGGCCAUAGCUCCUUUGACUUCUUAGGGGCUUCAGUUUGUGGAGAUGCCGGCAGCCCGUCGGUUCCCUGGCCUUGAGCUCUCCUUUCCUCUCUUGGCCAGACUGCGGCGACGUCUGUACACAAGGCUGGGGAGCAGCAGCAUGCAGCCGGAGGAGGGGACGGGCUGGCUGUUGGAGCUGCUGUCCGAGGUGCAGCUGCAGCAGUAUUUCCUGAGGCUUCGCGAUGAUCUCAACGUCACCCGCCUGUCCCACUUUGAGUAUGUCAAGAACGAGGACCUGGAAAAGAUUGGCAUGGGCCGGCCUGGUCAGAGGCGUCUGUGGGAGGCUGUGAAGAGGAGGAAGGUCAUGUGCAAACGCAAGUCAUGGAUGAGCAAGGUGUUCAGUGGAAAGCGGCUGGAGGCUGAGUUCCCUCCCCAUCACUCUCAGAGCACCUUCCGGAAGCCCUCACCCACCCCAGGGGGCCUGGCAGGGGAAGGGACCCUGCAGAGCCUCACCUGCCUCAUCGGGGAGAAGGACCUGCGCCUCCUGGAGAAGCUGGGAGACGGCUCCUUUGGCGUGGUGCGCAGGGGUGAAUGGGACGCCCCUGCGGGAAAGACGGUGAGUGUGGCCGUGAAGUGCCUGAAGCCAGAUGUGCUGAGUCAGCCAGAGGCCAUGGAUGACUUCAUCCGGGAGGUCAAUGCCAUGCAUUCGCUUGACCACCGAAACCUCAUUCGCUUGUAUGGUGUGGUGCUCACGCCACCCAUGAAGAUGGUGACAGAACUGGCACCUCUGGGAUCUCUGUUGGACCGACUGCGUAAACACCAAGGUCAUUUCCUCUUGGGGACUCUGAGCCGCUAUGCUGUGCAGGUGGCUGAGGGCAUGGGAUACCUGGAGUCCAAGCGCUUCAUCCACCGGGACCUGGCUGCUCGGAACCUGCUGUUGGCUACCCGUGACCUGGUCAAGAUCGGGGACUUUGGACUGAUGCGAGCUCUACCCCAGAAUGAUGACCACUAUGUCAUGCAAGAACAUCGCAAGGUGCCCUUUGCCUGGUGUGCCCCUGAGAGCCUGAAGACACGGACCUUCUCUCAUGCCAGUGACACCUGGAUGUUUGGGGUCACACUGUGGGAGAUGUUCACAUAUGGCCAGGAGCCCUGGAUUGGCCUCAAUGGCAGCCAGAUUCUGCAUAAGAUUGACAAGGAAGGGGAGCGCCUGCCCCGGCCUGAGGACUGCCCCCAAGACAUCUACAAUGUCAUGGUCCAGUGCUGGGCCCACAAACCAGAGGACAGACCCACUUUUGUGGCCCUUCGGGACUUCCUGCUGGAGGCUCAGCCUACUGACAUGCGGGCCCUUCAGGACUUCGAGGAGCCAGACAAGCUGCACAUCCAGAUGAAUGACGUCAUCACUGUCAUCGAGGGAAGGGCUGAGAACUACUGGUGGCGUGGUCAGAACACCCGGACACUGUGCGUAGGACCCUUCCCUCGGAAUGUGGUGACCUCCGUGGCUGGCCUGUCAGCCCAGGACAUCAGCCAGCCUCUACAGAAUAGCUUCAUUCACACGGGGCAUGGAGACAGCGACCCCCGGCACUGCUGGGGGUUCCCUGACAGGAUUGAUGAACUGUAUCUGGGCAACCCCAUGGACCCCCCUGACCUGCUGAGUGUGGAGCUGAGCACCUCCCGACCCACCCAGCAUCUAGGAAGGCUGAAAAAGCCAACAUAUGACCCUGUGAGUGAGGACCAAGACCCCUUGUCCAGCGACUUCAAGAAGCUGGGCCUGAGGAAGCCAUCCCUGCCCCGAGGGCUGUGGCUCACAAAGCCCUCGGCCCGAGUGCCAGGCACCAAGGCAGGCCGCAGCAGUGGGGGCGAGGUCACGCUCAUCGACUUUGGCGAGGAGCCCGUGGUUCCAACCCCACGGCCCUGUGCACCCUCCUUGGCACAGUUGGCCAUGGAUGCCUGCUCCUUGCUGGACAAGACACCACCACAGAGCCCCACGCGGGCACUGCCACGGCCUUUACAUCCCACACCUGUAGUGGACUGGGACGCUCGCCCGCUGCCCCCGCCCCCUGCCUAUGACGAUGUGGCCCAGGAUGAGGAUGACUUUGAGGUCUGCUCUAUCAACAGCACGCUAGUGGGUGCAGGCCUCCCUGCUGGGCCGAGCCAGGGCGAGACCAAUUAUGCCUUUGUGCCUGAGCAGGCGCAGCCGCCCCCUGCCCUGGAGGACAACCUGUUUCUUCCACCCCAGGGUGGCGGCAAGCCACCCAGCUCGGCCCAGACUGCAGAGAUUUUCCAGGCACUGCAGCAGGAGUGUAUGCGGCAGCUACAGGUCCCCACUGGCCAGCUGACCCCCUCCCCCACCCCAGGAGGUGAUGACAAGCCCCAGGUGCCACCCCGGGUACCCAUUCCCCCUCGGCCCACACGUCCACGUGUGGAGCUAUCUCCAGCUCCCUCGGGUGAGGAAGAGACAAGCCGGUGGCCUGGACCUGCCUCCCCUCCCCGAGUGCCUCCCCGGGAACCCCUGUCCCCUCAAGGCUCAAGAACCCCAAGCCCCCUGGUGCCACCUGGCAGCUCUCCGUUACCACACCGGCUCUCUAGCUCACCCGGAAAGACCAUGCCCACCACCCAAAGCUUUGCCUCAGACCCUAAAUAUGCCACGCCACAAGUGAUCCAGGCUCCUGGCCCGCGGGCUGGCCCCUGUAUCCUGCCCAUUGUCCGCGAUGGCAGGAAGGUCAGCAGUACGCACUACUACCUGCUACCUGAGCGCCCUCCUUAUCUGGAGCGCUACCAGCGCUUCCUCCGGGAGGCCCAGAGCCCUGAAGAGCCAGCCUCCAUGCCUGUGCCCCUGCCGCUGCCCCCACCCAGUACUCCAGCCCCUGCCGCCCCCACUGCUACUGUUCGCCCUAUGCCUCAGGCUGCCCCAGAACCAAAGGCCAACUUCUCCACCAAUAACAGCAACCCAGGGGCUCGGCCACCAGCCCUGAGGGCCACUGCUCGGCUGCCACAGAGGGGCUGCCCGGGGGAUGGGCAAGAGGCUGCACAGCCAGCAGACAAGAUCCAGAUGCUGCAGGCCAUGGUGCAUGGGGUGACCACAGAGGAGUGCCAGGCGGCCCUGCAGAGCCACAGCUGGAGUGUGCAGAGGGCUGCCCAGUAUCUGAAGGUGGAGCAGCUCUUUGGACUGGGUCUUCGGCCGCGGGUGGAGUGCCACAAAGUGCUAGAGAUGUUUGACUGGAACCUGGAGCAAGCUGGCUGCCACCUCCUGGGUUCCUGUGGCCCUGCCCACCACAAACGCUGAUAGUUGUCUGCAGAACAACAGUCUGCCCUAAAGGAACCACUUGAACCUGUCUGUAGGACCAGGGUGGGGAGAUGCCCAUCUCAGGCCUGGAACACCCACAGCUUGGACCUACUGCUGCCUGUUGCUCCACGUGAACAGAGCAGGAGGCUGGGACUCCACCUUGCCCACCUCACUCACCCACCCAGCGCUGUUCUGCACAGCUUGGUUCAGCCCUCAGUGCCCCGGCCAAGAGGUGGGAAGGAGCCUUGUGAAGGCAAGACAGGAAGCUGCCUGGCAGGCCCUGUGUGUGACCUGCCCCUGGCUCAGGAUCAGGGCUGGGCUACUGGCUAGCGUGUGCCCCAGGCUUUGCCCUGGAGGACUAGACUAAGGAAGCCAGGCUUGACUUGGGCAAGAAGGAUGUGUUGGCCGCACAGAAGGGUAGGCCAGCAUCCAGCAAGCCCUUCUUAGGGCUGGGCCCUUUUCCAGGGAACCCCUGUAGGCAUUUGGAGUGUUGGACAGAAUGUGACUUGUGGCUUCACUGUGAACUUGCAGACUUGGACGCUCCUAGGAGCGUACCUGGAGACAGUCUGAAGUGGCUCAGAAGCAGAGAAAUGGCGGCAGGUUCUCUGGCAGGGCCCAGGGCCUGGAUUGGAAGGAGACCCCAGGGGCACCAGUACUUUGUUGUUUGACCCCUGACCCUCCCCGUUGCUGUUCGAUGUGUUCCCAUCAGCCUCUGUUGCCAAAGUUGCUGUCCCAGCUCUGGAUAUCUGCUUCUUCCAGUGAAAUAAAUUCCGUUUCUAUUUUAUGUUACCCACUCCUGCCUGUCUGUUUC